GGGCAACACCAGGGUGGAGGAAGCCUGCGAAAUGUACACCAGGGCUGCCAACAUGUUCAAGAUCGCCAAAAACUGGAGCGCUGCAGGAAACGCGUUUUGUCAGGCGGCCAAGCUGCACAUGCAGCUGCAGAGCAAACACGACUCGGCCACCAGCUUCGUGGACGCUGGGAACGCCUACAAAAAAGCAGACCCGCAAGAGGCCAUCAACUGCUUAAAUGCAGCUAUCGAUAUCUACACCGACAUGGGGCGAUUCACUAUCGCUGCCAAGCACCACAUCACCAUUGCGGAGAUCUACGAGGCCGAGCUGGUAGAUAUUGAAAAGGCGAUCGCGCACUACGAGCAGGCUGCAGACUAUUACAAAGGAGAGGAGUCUAACAGCUCAGCCAACAAGUGUCUGCUGAAGGUGGCUGCCUACGCCGCGCAGCUGGAGCAGUACCAGAAGGCGAUAGAGAUCUACGAGCAGGUCGGGACUAACACGAUGGAUAAUCCUUUGCUCAAGUACAGCGCGAAAGAGUAUUUCUUCAAAGCUGCUCUGUGCCACUUCAUCGUGGACGAGCUGAACGCGAAGCUUGCACUUGAGAAAUACGAAGAAAUGUUCCCAGCGUUCACAGAUUCACGGGAGUGCAAGCUAUUGAAAAAACUGCUGGAAGCCCACGAGGAGCAAAACUGCGAGGCAUACACCGAGGCUGUUAAAGAAUUUGAUUCGAUAUCGCGGCUGGAUCAGUGGCUGACAACCAUGCUGCUCCGCAUCAAGAAGUCCAUCCAAGGCGAAGGGGACGGGGACCUGAAGUGACUCGCUCGUGGUACCUGUGGCACGCAGCCCACGUAACCUGUUCUUGCGUUCCAGCCAAGGACCACCACGGGAUACGACGCCCGGCUUCAUUUUGUUGCUUACGAAUCCGAUGACUUGUGUGUUUCUUUAGUGUCCUGCUCUUUGUCGUGACAACAGGGGUAGAUGAGAAGCGAUGCUCCGGGUAGCGCUGGCAGAGCUUUGAGGCGAAUGAAGCGCUUCUGGCAGAAACCCUGCCUUGGUUUUGUUAGCCGUGAACCCAAAGGCUGCACUUGCAAAACUACUACUUUUUUUUUUUUCUUUUUCCCCCCGUGCUGUUCUGUCUUAAGGCUCUGUACCAUCGAUUCCAGCAUGUAAAUACUUUGUCCGUGCCAGUACAGUGCAAAUAAUUGCUUC